CAAUCUGUCAUCUGUGAUCGGGUCUGAUUUUCUUCUGUCCGAGUUUUCAACCUAAAAAAAUAAAAUUUUGCACCGCAAAUUACUCAAGAAUUCCGGAAUUUUUCCAAGUUUUAAACACUAGCUACUGACCACCCACUGAGAGUGAUAUUUUCCAAUUUUAUAUCAUUCCCAGACCGAGAAAAAUUGCUAUCGGGGAACCUUUUUCGGAGCAAGCUGUACCGGAUCGACCGAGAUGCCAACAUAGACGGGCACUAGAGGGCAGGCUCCGGAAUCACCAAUCUGGCACUGGAAGCUAAAUUUAAGGAAAUUCACAGCUGAGUGGGAUACAAAUUUCAUCGAUUUCGUUCUUCGUUUAGUGGUGCAAAUUUUUUUUGUGUCCCUCCAAUAACCUUGAUCCCGGAAUCGGUUCAUUACGGACAACAGCAUGGACGCACUCGUAGAAAAUGCGUCUAACACAUCGACAAGGUUCUAUUGUCACUCCUGUUCCAUGGAAAUAGAUAGAGUUUCAACAGAUUUUACGUGUCCACAUUGCAUGCAAGGGUUCAUAGAGGAACUACCAGCUGCCGAUCGAGGUAGUAAUAAUCCGCCAUCUCCACCACCGGUCGCUGAUAUGGAAUCACAUAUCCUGAAUCCUUUGGGAAUAAGACUGGCAAGUGAAAUUUUUAGCAACAGUAUACUUUCGCCUUUGCUACUAACGACACAUGGGCCGCGCAGGUCGGAUUCCGAUGGAUCGCUUUCGUUAAUCGAUGAGAGUGCUGAUUCGUCCGCUUCCGGAGGGGGUAAUGGCGGGGGAGCACAUGGAACUUCGAUUAGGGCAAGACCCCGCAAUAGGCGCCGGGGCGUUCAAAACAUUAGCAAUCUCGAUAACAUUCUUCGAGAAAUUCUUAUAUCGGUUGCUGAUGGUGCUAAUGGGGGUGCUGGAGGAACACCCAUGUUCUUCAUGGGAAAUCCGGGUGACUACGCCUGGGGACGGGAAGGUUUAGAUACGAUUGUGACGCAGCUGCUUAAUCAGAUGGACAACACUGGACCGCCGCCCCUGGAGAAGGAUAAGAUUGCCGAAAUUCCUAAGGUUACAAUCAGCGCCGAACAAGUCGAGCUGAAACUGCAAUGCUCCGUUUGUUGGGAAGAUUUCCAAAUCGACGAAGUUGUUCGAAAGUUAUCCUGUGCUCACGUGUACCACGAGUCCUGCAUCAUUCCUUGGUUACAGCUACACGGAACCUGUCCAAUUUGCAGGAAAAGUUUAGCCCCAGAACAGCCACCGGAUGAGCAACGAGGCUUAGCUGCGGCGGCCAAUGCUGUAGCCAACACGUUGCGUUCACUGCAAUCGGACGCGUUUCCGGGCGUUAGUAGCCAAUCGUCCACAUCGUCAAUCGAGGAGGGAGGAGGUCCAUCAACUUCUAGUCUACUGGGCGAUCUAGGUUUGGCGUUCGGCACAGGAAAUCCAUCUCGUCAGAGAACAUCGGGAGCUGCCGCUAGUAGCAGCCUCAGCACGAACCCUGGACUUGGUAUGACCUCCUCCUCCAGCAACAACAGCAGCAGCAGGGCUAGCCAGAACAGCACCAGCACAUCUGCUGGUACCAGCAGCGAUGCGAAUACCGGCGCUAAUGAUUCUAACAGUGGCCAUCGAUAUCGAGACGACGAUGGAAACAUCGACUAUGAAUUUGAUUAGGAUGUACAUAUGUAUCCUACAGCAGACUGGCACAUCAAAUGUGUCUGAUGCAGGAACGCUUUUACCAAAAACAUAAAUAUUUGGUUUUUUUCCUUUGAACAUCUUACCAGAACUGGUUAGGUUCAUGAAUUCAUGAAUUAAGAUUUUCCCUCUUUGAACACGAUUUGUUUAUUCAACAGCACCUCUUUUAUGAGAUUUUUUAAAAAUAAUUUCUAAUCAUGAUUUGAACACGUUGUUUCUAUGAGUAAUAAUAAGUAUCCUGUAAAAUUCAUUGCCUGCUCACAUAUCCAUCAUGUUGACGAAACAUUCUUAAUAUCCUUUCCGAACAUUGAUCUUAAUCAAUCUAUAACCAGUGCUAUAGUAUAUUAUACAAAAAGAAAAAACAACACAAAUAAGUAUGUCAAAAGAGAAAAUUUACGUUGUGUCUGACGUGCUCCUCGCUACUAUCAUUUCAAAUCAAAAUACAUAUAAGUACAUCAUCUGAUGCAGUAAAUAUAAAACUUUUGAAGGAGACAGACAAAUUCUUAAACAGAGGUUCAACAGUUUUCAAAACUGCCACGUAUUUCGUUGAAAAAAUCUAGGGAACAACUCUUAUCGUCAAAAGAACAGCUUUGAAUAAUGCUUUUUUCACAUUUUCUCCUUUAGAUUACUUACGAAAUAUCAUCAUUUGAUACUCGGUUUAGAAGCUCACUGCAGUGUAAACUAUCCUUAUUAAAUCAAUGUUUUAGUUAGCUUUAUAUUUUGUGAAGAUAAUACUUUGUUGACAGACUUCGACGGGCACGGGUUCGAAAUAUAUAGAUAUGUGUUUGGUUGCUUCAGUACCUCACCCAAAAUUUAAAACUCGAAAUUACUAUAAAAAUCCAAACACUAGAGUUGUUCCUCAGCAUAUUCAACGCAUGCCUCUUGUUAUGUACAGCGAGAAUUUGACGGCUUCACACCCCUAACAGAUAUUUUAUGUUUAAAAAAAUAAUGUUUUAAUUUAAAAAAAAAAGAACAACAAGAGAAUAAAACAAAAAAAAAUGCAUCCUUAACAAACCAUAAAACAUACUAUUGCGUUGCGCAGAAUAUUUCACUUGGAAAAGCUUGACAAAAGUGCUAAAGAAACAAACAAAAACGCCUAAGACGUCAUCACCGUCAAGUAAGGAGAUGAAGAAAUUAAACGUACAUCUUUGAGAAAACAGCAAAAGUUGAAAAAAAAUCGAAUCGCGAAUUCGGCUAGCAAGAAGUUUUUUUUCGUGUGACCUAACAAAAAGUCAACAAAAAAAAAAACCAACAAAUACAAUACAAAAAGCUGAACUAAAUUAACAACCCGUCAAACAUCAAACGUUAUGCUAACAACAAUUCACAAUAAUCUCGCUUUCGCGCGUGUGAUUGGAACGGCAUACCUACAUGUUUUAAAGUUAUUUAAGAUUGGAAAACAGAAAAUUCUUGAACUAUACAGAUUGUAAAAAACAGCUAGAGAGAAAACAAUAAAAAGUCUUCAAGAUGAAAUAAAUAAAA